CUCGCCAUCUCAGGCAUCUCCCCUCCGACUUUUCUCACUCCGAACCGCAAGCCCUGCCGCGAGGGGAAAGCGAACCCGGCCUGGAGGCCAAGCCUUAAAGCGACGGCUUGCGCCCGACUUCGCACCCGCCUCCUCACGACCCUCACCGACGACACUCACCAUGCCGGGAAACAGUUCCGACUCGUUGACGGCAAGAGUCAGCGACGCGGGUGCGUUGGAUGAAAAGUCUAGGGUCCACGAUCCGGAGGCGUACUUGCGCAAGGAGCAAGAGUCGGACGGUGCACCGGUCACGAUACCAGAGGAGGACCGGCCGGGCUUGGACGACUUCCCAGAUGGCGGAUUGAGGGCAUGGCUGGUCCUCUUUGGAGCGGUUUGUAACACGGCUGCUACGUUCGGCUUCGUGAACAGCUGGGGGGUGUUUCAAUCAUACUACGAAUCAAAUACGCUCCAGAACACCAGUCCGUCGACAAUAGCAUGGAUAGGAUCUAUACAAUACUCUCUCACCUUUUUACCCGGUCUCGUAACCGGUCGACUCUUCGACAUCGGUUAUUUCAGAGUGCCUCUGGCUGUUGCGAGCGCCUUGCUUGUCAUGGCUACAUUCCUCAUUGCUGAGUGCACCGAAUACUGGCAAUUCCUCCUUUGUCAGGGUCUCGCCGUCGGUCUCGCAUGUGGCACCAUCUUCGGCCCGACGAUGGGUGUCAUCAGUCACUGGUUCAAAAGGCGGCGCUCAACGGCCCUGGGUAUUGUUGCUAUCGGAUCUUCGACUGGCGGCACGGUGCUUCCAAUCAUUUUCAGAAACCUGGUGGGCCCCAUCGGAUUCAAAUGGACUAUGCGAGUGAUUGGAUUUAUCCUCUUGGUCACUGUAGGGAUCAGCAACGCCACCCUCAAACGCCGCUUGCCACCGGUCCGUCUCGCCGGCGGCUUUGUUAAUCUCGGCGCUUUACGAAACCCCGCUUUCGCCGUAUACUGCCUUGCAGGCUUCAUGUGCUUCCUUGGUCUCUACACCGUCCUCACGUACAUUGAAGUUUCGGCAACGGCAGCACAUGUGCCACCGGAUUUUGCCUUUUAUCUGAUAUCCAUCGCAAAUGCCGCGAGUGCGUUCGGGCGUAUAGGAAGCGGCUAUAUGGCCGACAAAAUAGGAGCCUUGAAUAUCAUGAUACCUUUUACGCUACUUGCAGGCGUUCUCACCUACAUCUGGCCAUUUCUCCACAGCAAAUCAGCUUACAUUGCACUCGCGAUAUUCUACGGGAUUGGCUCGGGUGCCUUCGUGUCGCUGAUCGUGUCUCCGGUGAUGCUCAUGGGCGAAAUCGGUGAUGUGGGACGUCGCGUCGGGCUGUUCUUUACCAUCGCGGCCAUUGGCGCGCUAUCUGGCCCGCCCAUAUCGGGCGCGAUCAAUAAUGCGACUGGGAAUUUCAAGCCUGUCGGGGUGUAUGCCGGCUCUGCUGUGAUGGUGGCGGUCGGGCUCAUGAUUCUCACGAGGCAUAUACUCCUGCAAGGAGAUGUUUGGGGCAAGUGUUGAUAUUUGCCGACGCUUUUCAUGAUCGACACAGACUCGUUACGCGGACUUGCUCGCAUCUUACACUCUAUAGAUAAUGAACCGAUGUACGAUCAGCUCUCGCCAUGCAUGUAGAUUGGGCUCGGAAAUCCGAUAAUUGCUGGCCUCAGUCGC